CAGGAAGGCGGGGUCUCGCCCGAAUCGCUGAGGGCUGGACUGGCUGGAGGUGUGGGCCGUAACGGCGUGGAGAGGCUGUAAUGACAUCAACUAAUAAAGCAAUUGAAUUACAACUGCAAGUGAAACAAAAUGCAGAAGAAUUGCAAGACUUUAUGAGGGAUUUAGAAAACUGGGAAGAAGAUAUUAAACAAAAGGAUAUGGAACUAAGAAGACAGAAUGGUGUCCCUGAAGAGAAUUUACCUCCUAUUCGAAAUAAGAAUUUUAGGAAAAAGAAGAAAGGUAAAGCGAAAGAGUCAUCUAAGAAAACCAAAGAUGAAAACACAAAAAACAGGAUAAAGUCUUAUGAUUAUGAGGCGUGGGCAAAACUUGAUGUGGAAAGUAUUCUUGAUGAACUUGACAAAGAAGAGACUACCCAUGAUUCUCUGUCUCAAGAAUCAGAGUCAGAAGAAGAUGGAAUUCAUGUAGAUUCACAAAAGGCCCUUGCUCUAAAAGAAAAGGGCAAUAAGUACUUCAAACAAGGAAAAUAUGAUGAAGCAAUUGAGUGCUACACCAAAGGCAUGGAUGCCGAUCCAUAUAACCCUGUGUUGCCAACAAACAGAGCAUCAGCAUACUUUAGAAUGAAAAAGUUUGCUGUUGCUGAGUCUGAUUGUAAUUUAGCAGUUGCCUUGAAUAGAAGUUAUACAAAGGCUUAUGCAAGACGAGGUGCUGCUCGAUUUGCUUUGCAAAAAUUAGAGGAUGCCAAAAAAGAUUAUGAAAAAGUGUUAGAACUGGAACCAAAUAACUUUGAAGCAACAAAUGAACUCAGGAAAAUUAAUCAGGCUUUACCAUCCAAAGAAAACUCGCAACCACAGGAAGCCGACAUGGUGAUUAAGUCAACCGAAGGAGAGAAGAAGCAAGUUGAAGAGCAGCAGAAUAAGCAGCAGGCCAUUUCAGAGAAAGAUCUGGGGAAUGGAUUUUUCAAAGAGGGAAAAUAUGAAAGAGCAAUUGAAUGCUAUACUCGAGGAAUAGCAGCAGAUGGCACUAAUGCCCUUCUUCCAGCUAACAGAGCAAUGGCCUAUCUGAAGAUUCAGAAAUAUGAAGAGGCUGAAAAUGACUGCACACAAGCUAUUUUAUUAGAUGGCUCGUAUUCUAAAGCUUUUGCCAGAAGAGGAACUGCAAGAACAUUUUUGGGAAAGUUAAAUGAGGCCAAACAAGAUUUUGAAACUGUUUUACUUCUGGAACCUGGAAAUAAGCAAGCAGUAACUGAACUUUCCAAAAUUAAAAAGGAAUUAAUUGAGAAAGGACACUGGGAUGAUGUCUUUCUCGAUUCUACUCAGAGGCAAAACGUGAUAAAACCCAUUGAUAAUCCACCUCGUCUUGGAUCAACUAAGCCACUAAAGAAGGUUAUUAUUGAAGAAACUGGUCAUUUGGUACAGACUGUUGAUGUGCCAGAUAGCACUACUGCUGCUGCUCCAGAGAGGAAUCCUGUUAAUCUAGCAAAUGUAACAGCAACCACAAACACUGCAAGUAAGAAGAGUUCAAGCCAGGAUGACCUGUUGCCCACAAGUGAUAUUCCAAAAGCAAAAGUAUUGAAAACAGAAGAAAUCAGUGAUACUUCAGCCCAGGAACCUCGAGUUAAUUUGAAACCGGAUGUAUGUCAGUCUUUCAGUGAGAAGAUUUCUAUAGAGGUAGACAAAAUACCUGCUCAGUUUAUCACAACUGUUCUUCCUCCAGUUCCUGCAAACUCCUUUCAGCUUGAAUCUGAUUUUAGACAACUGAAAAGUUCUCCAGAUAUGUUAUAUCAGUAUUUGAAGAAAAUUGAACCAUCCUUGUAUCCUAAGUUGUUUCAGAAAAAUCUAGAUCCAGAUGUAUUCAAUCAAAUCAUUAAAAUUCUACAUGACUUUUACAUUGAGAAAGAAAAGCCAUCACUCAUCUUGGAAAUUUUACAAAGGCUUUCUGAACUGAAAAGGUUUGACAUGGCAGUGAUGUUUAUGUCAGAACCUGAGAAAAGAAUUGUACGUGUAUUAUUCAAUCACAUAGAGAAAUCAGGAUUGAAGGGUAAUUCCGUUGAAGAACUCAAGAAAAGAUAUGAUGGUUGAUUUCCAUUUUUACUGGAAUUAUUGUCUGACUUUCACUGUACAUUUUUUUCUAUUGAAAUAAAGUGUUUUGUUCUCUUUUUAAGAAAAUGAAA